UUCCUGGCCCAGUUAGAGUAAGACUCUUAAUACGGCGAGAUAAUGCAAAAAUUCGCAACCUUUCUCCUGUUUUUGGCCGUCUGGACAAGUGGGCAUGGACAGGACACGCCCUUUUUGAAUGGCACAUUUCCACCAGGAUUUUUGUGGGGGGUGGCCACCUCGAGUUAUCAGAUUGAAGGGGGUUGGGACCAGGAUGGUAAGGGACCCAACGUGUGGGACACAUGGACACAUGACUCCACCUGCAGUAAUGUCCAGGAUUGUAGCAAUGGAGAUGUUGCUUGCGAUUCGUACAACAGGAUUAUGCAAGACAUCGCAAUUUUGAAAGAGAUGAAUGUCGAUUUCUACCGGUUUUCCAUUGCAUGGUCCCGCAUAAUCCCGAACGGUGGGAUCGACGAGCCCGUUAAUCCAGCUGGAAUCCGGUACUACCGCCACCUUAUUAACGCCCUUCUAGGAAAUGGGAUUAAGCCUUUCGUCACAAUGUUUCAUUGGGACACACCACAAGCUAUAGAAGAUGCAGGGGGUUGGCCGACAGAAGCUACGGCGCAAGCGUUUGCGAGAUACGCGCGAGUUUUAUACGCCGAGUUGGGAGACUUGGUCAAGGACUGGAUCACAUUUAAUGAACCCUGGGUGAUUUGUGUUCUUGGGUAUGGAACUGGUGUGAACGCUCCUGGACGGACGGAAAUGGCCGAAACGGUGUACCAGUGUGGUCACACGAUCAUCAAAGCGCAUGGUUUGGCGUACCGCAUUUACGAGACCGAAUUCAAGGACCAGCAACAAGGUCAAGUCGGAAUUACGCUCAACACGGAUUGGAAUGAACCCGAUGUGGAUGACGCCGAACAUCGUGACGCAUCCGAUAGAGGACUCCGAUUCAGUUUUGGCUGGUUCGCUCACCCUCUCUACUUCGGAGAAUACCCGCCCAUCAUGAGGGAACUUGUUGACCAGAAGAGCAUAAAUGAAGGCCGGAAUUCAUCCCGAUUGCCAUCAUUUGACCUGCUGUGGACCGAGAUUAUCAAUGGGACCCUGGAUUUCAUCGGAUUGAACACUUACACGACUCAACUUGUCCGACCAGUAAAUGGUGACGGAAAUCCUGGAUUAUUUGGAGAUAGUAACGUUGCAGGGAGACAAGAUCCUGCCUGGGAGUCUAGCGCAGCAUCGUGGUUGAAGGUUGUCCCAUGGGGAUUGAACAAACUGGUCCGCUGGAUCUACGCUGAAUACAAUCAGCCACCCAUUUACGUAACAGAGAACGGUUUUGCAGAUCCGCAAAACGCCACGGUGAACGAUCCCCGACGAGUCAAUUACUAUCAGCAGUACAUCAACGAGUUGAUGAAAGCUACGUUGGAUGGCGUUGACGUCAAGGCAUACACAGCCUGGAGCUUGAUGGACAAUAUGGAAUGGUCGGCAGGAUACACGCAACGAUUUGGGAUCCACCACGUCAACUUUUCGGACCCUUCGCUGACCAGAGUGCCAAAAAUGUCGGCGAUUUGUUUAACACAAAUUUUUUCCGAUAAUGGAUUCCCAAACGGACCCCCGUGUAACAUUAAUUAAUUGGUUGAGUUAUGCAAAAUGUAUUUUUUGAGUUAUGUAUAACCCUGUAACUGAAUUUAAAUAAUGUGGUUUAAAAAUGAUAAUAAAUUGAAGACAUGAAUUGAAAACUAAAUAA